AUGCCUAAUAGUUCCCGCGAAGGCUAUUAUGCUAAUGCUGGCUCUUUUGAACCUAGGGAACAAUUCGAAGGAGGAAGCCGGGGAUUCGCUCAACAUUCCGGAGAAGGUGUCCAGAACGACCGGGUGAAAGAAAAGACCAUUGAACACCGGGCUAAUGUAAUUAAAUCGCUCAAGUUCAUUCAAAUCGAUGAGCGCCAGAGAACCAUUAAAGGGGCACAUAUAAAAACCUGUAAAUGGUUCUUGGAAACUUCACAAUACAUAGACUGGCUUGAUACGAGCAAGUUUGGCGAUCAUGGUGGCUUCCUCUGGAUCAAAGGCAAGCCUGGUGCGGGAAAGUCAACCUUGAUGAAGUUCACGAUAUCGCACGUAUACCAGCCGCUAAGUGAUCAGGGGAAGAUAGUCAUUUCUUUCUUCUUUAAUGCAAGAGGAGAAGAGCUAGAGAAGUCUACGGAUGGCCUUUACCGAUCACUUCUAAUACAGAUACUCGAAUUACGACCAGAUCUUCAUCGAGUAUUAGACUCUAUUGACCCAGCACGCCCCUGGAACGUUGAGUUACUAAGGUCUCUAUUUGAAGAUUUAAUGCUCGCUAUGGGUGAAACCUCCAUAAUUUGCUUCAUCGAUGCACUGGAUGAAUGUGAGGAACGACAGAUCCGGGAUAUGCUAUACUUUCUACACAAUAUUAGCCAGAAAACAGCUUCAUCCGGGACUAACUUGCAUGUCUGCUUUGCAAGUAGGCAUUACCCUCAUAUAACAGUUCCAAAGGGACUUACUCUAGUAAUCGAAGGUCGGCAAGAACAUAAUCAAGAUAUAGCCCGAUACUUAAACUACGAAUUACGUAUCGGAGAAGAUCUUCUUGCAAGUCAGGUCCGUGCCGAGGUCCAAGAAAAGGCAUCCGGAGUUUUCAUGUGGGUAGUUCUCGCUGUGAAUAUCUUAAACAAAGAAUACGACCGUGGGCGCAAACAUACUCUUAGAAGGCGACUCCAAAAGAUCCCCAACGAUCUUCACAACUUAUUCGAAGACAUACUCACACGCGACAAUGAUAACGAGGACGGGCUUCGCAUCUGCAUCCAAUGGAUACUUUUCGCAACACGUCCACUACGAGUCGAGGAGCUAUAUUUUGCCAUCAUGUCCGGCAGUGAACCUGAGGACUUGGCCAUGUUUCACUCGGAAAAUAUCGUUUCUGUCGAAGAUAUGGAAAAAUAUAUCAUCGAUAAUUCGAAAGGGUUGGCUGAAGUCUCCGGGUCAUCGACAACCGUUCGGUUUAUUCAUGAAUCCGUUCGCGAUUUCCUCCUCAAGGAGAAUGGAUUUCAAAGGGUUUGGCCUGGACUUGGGUCGAACCUUUAUGGUUAUGGCCACGAGGAGUUAAAGCAGUGCUGCUUCGCUUACAUACGCGACAUAUUUUUGCUUGACGCAGAUGAUCCUAUUCUGAUAAUCCGAUUUCCAUUUCUCGGUUAUGCUAUAGAGAACAUCUUGUACCAUGCCAACGAAGCUGAAAAAUAUGGACUCCCACAAUCGGAAUUUGUAUCAGGAUUUCAAUUUAGGACAUGGAUUAAAUAUAACAACAUUGUCGAGGGCUCUAAAACCAUACGCAAAUGGCCCAGCGUUCGUUGGUACGCAUCAGACGCAAGCAUUUCAUACAUAUUGGCGAGCCGUAAUUUGACACAUCUCAUUCGAACUCGAGAUAUUCGGCACUCCUGUUUCGCUGUCGAACAGAGCGAAUACGGUACCCCAAUAUUUGCUGCGCUUGCAACCCAAAGCGAUGAGGCAUUCUGGGAAUUGCUUGAGCAAGAGGUAAAAACUAUACCAUCGAGUUUACCAGUUAAGGAGGGGUAUACACAAAAAGAUGACGAAGAAAGUUUAUCUCCAGAAACGCUCGAUUCCGACUUUGAAUUAAUCCAACUCGCACUGGAGUCGAAAGUUGAAUUUGCUGCAAGGUUCUUGGCGAAUUACGGCCCUGGGAAAAAUAAAUUUAUACCAGGAGCCAAAGGAGGAUAUAAAUACUUCAUUCAAUCAUUACUAUGGAGGGGGCUUGAAGUUGAAGGUACUAACCGAGAUAGAAGCCUACUACAAGAAGCCGUCGCCUUGGAAGAUAUGAGACUUAUCCGUUUAUUCAUUAAGAGCGCUGAUAUCGAUGGCAACAAAGAGUACCGAAGCCCAUUGCAAGACGCGGUUCUAAAAGGGCAUAAAGCGAUCAUCCAGUUACUACUCCAAAGCGGUGCUAAUUUAGAAGGGAACGACUGCUAUCCGAGCCCACUACAGGACGCAGUGAUCAGGAAUAACACAAGACUUGUACGGCUGCUACUUGAGAAAGGAGCUAGCGUUGAAGGCCAUAAAUCAUUCAUAAACCCACUCCUUCAUGCAGCGAGCCAAGGGUAUGAAGAUAUUGUACGGCUACUGCUGCGUAAGGGAGCCGAUACCAACGUUCGGGGGUACCCCAACAGUCCGUUAGCUUUAGCAAUCGAAGGGGGUCAUGAGACUAUCGCUCAGCUACUUUUAAGCCGUGGCGCUACUAGAGAUGAGCCUUGGGCUUCCGUUGGCUCUAUUGCGGUGUUUCUACACCCACCAACCAAACCCAUUCAUAUUGAGACUCUUCAUAUUUUAUCCCUGAUGGGUUUUUGGGGAUCCAUCUCGGAACCAUUGACCGUGUACUUCGGGAUUAUCCGUCUUGGCAAUGCCUUACGAACUGAUUGACCGGGGAAAACGACGCCGUCUACGGCCCGGAAUGCGGGUUUUGGGGGGUUUUCC